AUGGGGCGCCUGCUCUAUCCACUGAGCCGCCGCCGCUCCGUACGAUUUCUGAAAAAUAAUCUCUUCUCCGCUCUUCUGUCAGCCAUGCCAGAGCUGAGGACGGACAUUGAAAUCAUCGUAGCUGAUGUGACCAUCGAGGAAUCGCUAGCCAUCAUGUGCCAACAAGGUCUGGUGAUUCUCAACUGUGUUGGCCCUUACAGAUUUUACGGCGAGCCAGUGGUCAAAGCUUGCGUGGAGAAUGGAGCUCACUACAUAGACAUCUGUGGGGAGCCUCAGUUCCUAGAGCGUAUGCAGCUGGAGUACCACACGAAGGCGCUGGACAGAGGAGUGUAUGUGAUUGGAAGCUGUGGCUUCGACUCCAUACCGGCAGAUUUGGGUAUUCUCUACACACAGAGGCAGUUUAAAGGAACGCUGACGGCUGUGGAGAGCUUCCUGAUCAUCAGCAGCGGGCCUCAGGGCAUGUCCGGACACGAUGCCACGUGGCAGUCUGCUGUGUAUGGUUUCGCAGACAGUGGAUCGCUGCGCCAGCUGAGGAAGAAGUUUAACCAAAAGCCGCUGCCUGUGGUUGGAGCGAAAGUCAAAAAAAGGGGAUUUUUGUUUUUCAGCAAAGAGGUCGAGCAGUACGCCAUCCCAUUUAUGGGUUCUGACCCCUCAGUUGUCAAGAGAACCCAGCGCUUCCUUUACGAGGAGGAUCACCAGUCACCAGUGCAGUACAGUGCAUACGUCGGGAUUGGUGGCCUCUUCUCUGUGUUUAAGUUCCUCUGUGGCGGCCUGUUGUUCUGGUUCAUGGUCAAAUUCAGCCUGGGCAGGAAACUCCUCACCACG